UCUAAUCUUAAUCUAAACAAGAAACAGAAUAAUAUUAUUGUUAUUUAAAAUAGUUUGAUUACCCCAAAUAAGAAGCUGUCUCUCUCUUAAAUUAUCAAAAUCAGUUUCCUUCCUUUCUCUGCUAUCGUUUUCUUCUUCUCCAUUAUUAUUCUUCUGUUUUCGGUUUUCUUCUUCUCUGUGUGCUUCCAUUCCCUCCUAAGUUUUUCACGUGAUUUUUUUUUUAAUCCCAUUACACCCUUUACCCAAUCCCUGGUUUGUCUGGUUCUCUCGCUAUCUCACUGUGCUCUGUUUCCGGGAAAGUUCUAGAAACAAAGAUUGAUAUCAGUAAUCUUGAUAGCGAAAGAAAAUGGAUGUAAUUUCUUUAAGAGAUUCUGUCACUUCAAGGUGGGAUUAUCUGUUGGCUGUUUCUAUGUUGGCUGGCAUCAUCAUGUGCAAGAUUGUAUAUGAGGUUACGGGUUUGGUUAGCUUAUUACUGUUUAAAGGUUAUAGCGGUCUAAGCAAAGCACAUAAGAUUGAAUGGAAGAACAGGGGUUUCUCUACAUUCCAUGCGUUUGUCGUUACCAUUGCUGCUUUCUAUCUUGUGCUCUUUUCGGAUCUCUUUGUUGAUGGUUCUUCUGAUGUGUCAAUUGUGAAGAGAAAUUCUACUCUAUCUAACACCAUACUCGGGAUCUCGAUCGGAUACUUCGUCACGGACUUAUCGAUGAUCCUCUGGCUCUUUCCAGCUUUAGGUGGUUUGGAGUACGUUCUGCAUCAUGGACUCUCCAUGUUUUCCAUCCUUCUCUCACUUAUAAGUGGCGAAGGACAAAUAUACAUAUUGAUGGUUCUAUUUUCAGAAUGCACAACUCCAUUGGUCAAUUUAAGAUGGUACUUGGACUUGGCUGGACAAAAGGGCUCUAAACUCUACAUGUUUAAUGGCAUUGCUAUGUUCCUGUCUUGGCUGGUUGGAAGGAUCUUUCUGUUCAUCUAUCUCUUCGUCCACAUGUUUCUCCAUUUUGACGAGGUAAAAGAGAUUUUUCCAUUGGGCUUCUACAGCUUGUUUGCGGUUCCACCAGUUUUGUCAGUGAUGAACGCUUAUUGGUUUUGGAAAAUCCUUAAAGGCUUGAUCAAGACUUUAUCAAAAGCAAGACACAGUCACAGUCAGUGAGAACAUCUUCAUCCACCAAAGCAUGUUAAGCCCCUCCCUCCCUAUACGUAAAAUAUUUAGGUCCUUAGCAACAAAUGCAAAAAACUUUAGGUUCAACAAAUGGAAUGAAGGGGUGUUUCUUUAGUCUCAGUUGUCUAUUCUCGUAGUUUAAUGUUUAUUUUCCACUCACUGUAUGAUCCAUUCCAGUAUCAUUGAAAAUUUGGUUCUGGUUCAAAUAGUAAUUCAUUACCCUGGAUAUUGGCUUUCAAAAUACUUUUGUCAAAUAUGCGAUGUCAACAAAAAUGAAAAAUCAGAAAGAUUUAGAAUUGACUUGUGUAGACAGGCAGACGUGGUUGCCACAAAUCAAAAAGUGUUUGUUUA